CUCAAGGGACCUCAGAUCGCCUCAGAUCCUUUUACUUGCCUUUUACAACACGGAGAAAUACGAGGGUGUCACUGUUAUUAUUCGAUUUGAUUAUAUAAUACGAAAUUAUGAGGAUAUUGGUGGGAGUCAAGAGAGUGAUUGAUUAUGCUGUCAAGGUGCGGGUGCGGCCAGACAAGAAGGGGGUUGUCACUGAUGGAGUCAAACACUCCAUGAACCCUUUUGAUGAAAUUGCUGUGGAGGAGGCCAUCAGACUGAAGGAGAAAAAGAUUGCCAAGGAAGUGGUGGCGCUCUCCAUCGGACCCACCCAGGCUCAGGAGACGCUGCGGACCGCGCUGGCGAUGGGCGCCGACUCCGCCAUCCACGUGGAGGUGCCGGCCGGGGAGCUGGAGCGCGUCCAGCCGCUGCAUGUCAGCCGCAUCAUCUCCAAACUGGCCACCGAGGGCAAGUUCGACCUGGUCAUGGUCGGCAAACAGGCCAUCGACGACGACUGCAACCAGACGGCGCAGAUGACGGCCGCCAUGCUGGACUGGCCGCAGGCCACGUUCGCCUCCAAGGUGGAGAAGGACGGCGACUACCUGAAGGUGACUCGCGAGAUUGACGGCGGCCUGGAGACCAUCAAGGUGGGCGUGCCGGCCGUCAUCUCGGCAGACCUGCGACUCAACGAGCCCCGCUACGCCACCUUGCCCAACAUCAUGAAAGCGAAGAAGAAGCCGAUCAAGAAGAUGAAGGCGUCUGAGCUGGGUGUCGACCUGACGCCGACGAUCGAGGUCAUCUCCGUGGAGGAUCCCCCGGUGCGCGCGGCGGGCAUCAAGGUCGAUGACGUCGAUACGCUCAUCGCCAAAUUGAAGGAGGCCGGACGGGUCUGAGCGAAAAAUGCUUAUCGUCACAGCGACUCCAGUAGAGGCUACCGCGAGGCGGAGUCUCGCCCACCCAGCGAUGGGUGUCUACAAUGCAAUGAAUAUGACCCGGGCCAUACAGUGCUCAGCCGGCGUCCGGAGCUGUGAAAACUCCACCGAGGCUGCUCGGAGCGGGGUGUCAUACAGGGGAGCAUCGGGCCGAUAUGAUACAGAUGGGGAUACUAUAGCCGGCCCUCGGCAGUGUGGUGUCGACUCAGACUCAGCGCCGGCCGGCGGGGCACGGCGACCUGCGGUGGACGGAUCACAACCGCGGCGCUCCCGUCUCCUGCGAUACACCGCUUGGGUGCCCCGAAAUCGGUGCUGAGGAUAUUUGUAUCACUGUAUGCUUGAUCAUGCUGGUUUAGUUUCGGUUUUUAAAAUAUGGCAGAGGCGAAUGUUGGUCAGGUAAACGAAUAAUACAUGUGGCUCUUGGACUUAGUGCCCCAUGGCGUUAA